AUGUCAGGUUUGAACCAGAGAAAUGAUGGAGGACAGCAGCCUUCCAGUUCAGUCACGCAAUAUUCAAGCACCAAGGCCUUGUCUUGCGAAGGACUGCUAUCGGAAGAGGAGUUGGCUGUGUUGCGCUCUAUCGUGGCAAGAGAAGCCGGACUGAACGAGCUGUUACGAUGUUGCUGCUGCUUCGAAGACGACCAAAGCGUCGAGUUGUUACAAGCCCUUCUUCGAGUUCGAGAGCUUUCUUUAGCUACAGUGAAUGCUAUAGCCGGAUGGAGACGUUGCAUGCUCCAGACACGUCCAUUUCUUUGGCGAAACUUGAAUUACGCUCUGAAAAUGACCAGCGAUCUUGACUUCGUGAGUAAAAGCCAACUCGCCACUGCUGCAAUGGAUGGAGUGCGUCUACCUCGUCGAAACCCCUUUUCAACUAUCGGAGGUUUGGAUCAAAGUAUGCGCGUCUUCUGGACUAUCGAGAUGCCUGAGGAACGAGAUCUCGCAGUUCUACUCGAUUCAGCCGCGUUCGCCCCCAGCCACGCGACCGUCGACUUACCUUCCCAGAUCCGACUCGCCGAAUGUUUUUUACUCUACGAGGAACGUCGAUAUGGCAAAUUCUCAAGAGCCCAAGCAGCAGCAGAUCAUCGUCUUAAGGAAUUGGUACAAAAAGAAGCGGAAUAUUCAUCAAAAACUCGCUUUGGGCAAGCAUUAUAA